CGGGGAGCGCAAGGUGACGCUGGUGCUGCCGUGGCUGAGCAAGGCGGACCAGCAGCGGGUGUUCCCCGCGGAUGUGACGUUCGAGUCGCCGGAGGAGCAGGAGGAGUUUGUACGGCAGUGGGCCAGGAAGCGGACGGGGCUGGAGUGCAACUUCAAGGUGGCGUUCUACCCGGGGAGAUACGCAGCGGAGAAGGGCAGCAUCCUGCCGGUUGGCGACAUCACCACCGUCAUCCCCGACCACGAGGCGGAUGUUGCGGUGCUGGAGGAGCCGGAGCACCUCAACUGGUACCACCACGGCCGGCGGUGGACCGACAAGUUCGCGCACGUGGUGGGCGUGAUGCACACCAACUACCUGGACUACGCGAGGAGGGAGGAGGGAGGGCAGCUCAAGGAGGCGCUGCUCAAGCACAUUAACGCCUGGAUGUGCCGCAUCUACUGCCACAAGGUGAUCAAGCUGAGUGACGCGGUGCAGCCGCUGCCGCGACAGGAAACCAUGUUCGUGCACGGGGUGUCGCCCUCCUUCCUAAAGGUGGGUCAGACCAAGGCCCAGCUGGCGGCCUGCGGCGAGCGGCCCUGGAGCAAGGACGUAUACUUCCUGGGCAAGGUGCUGUGGGCCAAGGGCUACACGGAGCUGCUGGACCGGCUGAAAGAGCACACGCAGCGGACGGGGCAGCGCAUCCACGUGGACGUGUACGGCAGCGGACCCGACCUCAAGGCGGUGGAGCACGAGGCGGUGCGACGCAACCUGGCGCUCUCCUUCCGCGGCGCCCGGGACCACGCGGACACCUCGCUGCAGGACUACAAGGUGUUCAUCAACCCCUCGCUGUCCGACGUGGUUGCCACCACCACCGCGGAGGCGCUGGCCAUGGGCAAGUUCGUUGUGUGCGCGGAGCACCCCUCCAACAAGUUCUUCGAGCAGUUCCCAAACUGCCUCAUAUACAGGACCCCGGAGGAGUUCUCCCGGCAGCUGCAUCGAGCGCUGCACUCCGACCCCGCCCCCCUCUCCCCGCACCAGCUGCACUCGCUCACCUGGGAGGCGGCCACGGAGCGCUUCCUGGACAUCGCGGAGCUGCGGCCGGGCGGCAUCGGGCCGCUGGACGUGGCGCUGGACAACGUGCUGGCGGCGGCACACAACGUGCUGACGGGGGUGGAGGGGCUGCGCAUUGCGGCGGGGGCAGGCGCCAAGACCCGCGACAUGCCCGCCCGCAUCACCGACUACACCCCCUCCGACAGCGACCUGGGCGGACUCUUCGACGACAAGGGCCGCGCGCGCAGGAUCUACUCCAGCGACGGCAAGCAGCCCCAGCAGCAGCAGCAGCAGCAGCAGCAGGGCCAUGCAUCGUCGCUGCCGCGGUCGGUGUCUGCAGCGGCAAUAGCGGGCAGGAUGGGGCUACAGCACCGGCACAGCGCACCGGCGCAGCAGCUAGCGGAGGCUGCUGCUGCGGCGGCGGCGGCAUCUGCGGCGACGGCAGCGGCGGCGGCGAGAGCAGCAGUGCCGGCUGCUGCCACUGCGGCCGCGGCGGCUGCUGCCACCGCAACGCCCGCAGCGGUGUCCUCCAGGUCUCGUUGAGAAGGGGUCUGGAAAGGGGCGGAUGGAGUGGGGGGACGGGCUUUCUUCUGUCCAGUACCUGUUGGGAGGCAGCCAACGCCGCGGCGCUGCCUCCUGCGCUGGGCGUUGCUGCUGCGAAUGUCUUUUUACUUGCUUGCGCUGGCAGGACGGAACCGCUGCUGCAUUGGGGCUCGUCCACACUUCCGGGUGGCCGCCGGUUGCCGUAUUGGGGCGGCAUGGGGGCGGUACCCCGGACCGGUUCCUGGCUGUGAGGGGCUGUGAGGGGCUGCCCGUGUGGGCAAUCAGAGGCAUGCCCGCAUGCGGGUUGCUAGGGGGCGGGUAGGCGGGAGGAGGCCGGGUGGAGAGGGGCAGGUGGGUACAGGUGGCAGCGCGCUCGUUGCUUUCGGUGGUCUGCAUGUGCUUUUGUGUGUGGUUUUGUGUGGUUGUUUGGCGGAGCUGGCCGCUGCCUGGGUUUGUCGUGCCAACGGUUGUCCCAUGUUUGCCGCGUGCUCAGCAGCCGCCUCGAUAGGGAGGGAAAGCAGCAGGUUGGCGUUAAAGCGGGCGAAGGAGGGCCCUUUGUGGGGUUGCGACGAUGUUUGGGAGGCUGUAGAAAUCAGCCAACCCUCGUCCUGGAGUUUCUGAUUGGUCGUUUUCGGAGGUAUGCAGGUAGGGAGAGAGCGCGUGUGCGUGAGGUCGGUCUGGGGUGUCCGCAUUAGGGCUGUUUUAUGGAUAGGGACUGGGGAUGGUGGAGCUAUGGAGGGCCUGGGUUGACGCCUGGGUUGACGCCUGGGUUGACGGAAUGGUUGUUUGGCUGCCACGGCUGCUCUUGUGCACUUCCUUGUGAGUUUCAUCAUUAUGCCCUUUUGCCAGCGCAUUUGUAUCUGUAUCCGAAAGAGAGAUGAAGUGUCAUGUCGCAACGUCGCGCCGAAUCGGCGUGUGAAGGGCACUGUGCGAGUGUUUGUGCGAGUGUGUGUUGUUGUUUGUCGCUGUGUCGGCCUUGUGUGUGUCUCGUUGCAGGCACGGCUCGCUACUCCCUUUUGCCGGUCUCUCCUUUUGGCAUCGAGUAUGAUACUGGUUGGAGGCAGGCAAGGAGUGGGUGAUGUGAUUGAUUGCUGGUCGCAGAGCAGAAGUUUUAUCGCAGCAGUUUUAGGAGAGAAGAAUGCCAUUACGAGAUAUUAUCUUAGCUUUAUCGUAGGAUUGUGCCCUAUAUGACGAAUGACGAAUGCCAACACUUUGCAACAGUAACAACGCGUUGACCGUCUAGCUUAGAGGCUGCCUCGGGAGGUUGGUUUUUGUUUUUUGGGGUUGUACGGCACAGGGAUGUACGGCAGACGAUAUUAAUUAGAGUAGUAGAGAUGGCAGCAACGAACAACGGUAUAUGGCUUUUCUAGCUGCCGGAAAAUAUGUCAAGGCAGCAGAGGCGCUUGCGUUGAUGUUCCCAAAGUGUAUGCUGCAGUGUAUGUCUUGAGCGCUUGAAGCAGCACCGACGCCAGCGCGCAAGUUCGCGUUUCCGGAAGUUUAAGCGCUGCUGCCCGGUCAAUUAAGAUGUAUUGAAACAAUGGCGCAUUAAUGCCGUACGAUUUACCUGUGGUGGUGCGCUUUACCAUGUUGCGCCGUGCGUGAUGUCACGGUAUGGCUUACUAGUGCAGCACAACUGCGGUUUUGGUGUCGCACAUACGUCUGCUGAUGUUAAUUAGCGUUGUUGUGGCAAUAAGCUCACCACCAGGAGCGAGCGCAGGACAGUAAACGCAUGUGGGCACGUGUAAGUAUCUACCGUG